AUGGGUCCUGAUCAACAUGCUCAAUUGGAUGCCUUCAGUCUCUUCCUCCCCUUCCCCUAUCGCGUGGCGGUAAUACUGCUGGCUGGUUUCUGGGGCUGGGGUGCCAACCUUCAAUACCUCUUCAAAGCGAACAUUGACGUUCCUGCCCUCAUCCGAUACCCAGCGCGUCAAUCGUCCAACCAACGGCCUCACUAUGCCUCCACCUACCAGCUGGCCACUAUCCUGACCGUCCCCCUCGCCCUCUCGCUCCUGAUCUUCUGGCCGGUCACCCAUGGCUCCGUACAACGGGUUGAGGCCCUAGACUUCAUCCCGCAGUCAUACUUCCUCAUAGGCCUUCUCAUCCUCAUCCUGCCCUUCUACCGGAUCGCGCGCUCCGGCCGAUAUCGGUUUUUCAUGACCCUGAAGCGUAUCGGCCUCGGCGGACUGGCAGAAGUGCAGGAUGGCAAGUUCGGGGAUAUCCUACUGGCAGAUGCUCUCACAAGCUAUGCCAAGGUCCUGGCGGACCUGGUUCUCACCUUCUGCAUGUUCUUCACGACAGAUAUAACCAGUACGUUCAAACCGGAUCGCAAGUGUCGGAACGAUUAUGUCGUCCCCAUCAUCAUCGCUUUCCCCAGUAUAAUUCGACUGCGACAAUGUUUGAUUGAAUACCUGCGUGUGCGUCGCGCCAGUCACAAGAAAGAGGGAGCGGGCAACCAGCACCUGGCCAACGCCUUGAAAUAUGCCACCGCGUUCCCCGUCAUCAUCCUUACGGCCCUGCUGAAGCAUUACAACCCCCUGGAUUUCUACGGUUACAGUGAGAUGAGUCUCUCGCGGCUUCUGUUCAUCUUUACGUUCAUCAACUCCGCAUAUUCCUUCUACUGGGACGUCACCAAGGAUUGGGACCUGACCCUCUUCUCCUCGGCGCGCCAGAGUCAUGAGUACCCCUACGGACUGCGCCGCCAUCGGUAUUUUACCGAUCAGCAAUACUACAUGGCCAUUUCCAUCGAUCUGGCCAUUCGCUUCUCCUGGCUCUCGAGAUACGUGCUCGGCUUUGUCUGGCUAAGUGACACAGAGUUCGGAAUCUUUGUGCUCAUGUUCCUCGAGGUCGCACGUCGGUGGAUGUGGAUUUUUCUCCGCGUCGAGACCGAGUGGAUCAGAAACAGCCGUGGUCCGGCCCCGGACGAUAUCCUCCUUGGCGAGUUCGGCGGCAAAUUGGACGCAGAUUAG